CCACGCUUGAUACCCCGCGGAGGUGCGAUAAGUGAGUGAAUCAACAGAUAGCUUCGUCUCACUUGGCAACACUCUUUUCCCUCUUUGACACUCUCUCACAACUUGGAUGUUUCUUCUGCGCCUUUCAUCAAAUUUCCACUGUCCCGUGCUACCAUCAUCCGUACAUAUCCUUUGAGCACAUGAUGUUUCCAUGUGCUUGACGGAAAUCCUGCAGCCUCAACUAAGCUCCGAGACCUUGAGCUUCCUUUCUCCCAGCAUGUUGCCCUUCGUCCAGACAUUCACUCCUUAGAUCGAGACCCCCUUUUCGCUGGGUAUUCUUCAGCAAUGAGUGGAAUUCAUCGCUUUCUUACUCGCCGGGAUCGGUCAAAAGGUGCUUCGCGUCAAGCUAGAGAAGAGCACCUAGUCAGUCCUGCGCUACCUCUGCUCCGAGGCUUCUUCGUUUCAAACCCUAGCAAAGAAGAUAGCCAAGAGCAUGAGAAGAAGGUCAAGUUGGUCGAAUCUCACCUUCGCUCCCUCGGUUACUCUACACUAGAGGAGGCACAUGUCAGACAUGCCCUCAAGAAUACUAAUGACGAUGUCGAGAAAGCAAUCAGCCUCCUGCUCUUGCUAGAAGACUCCAUCGAGGGCAUCAUUCGACCCUACACGCCCAGGACGAAACUCCUAGGUGCUGAAAACCGACAAGGUGUUACCUGCUAUCUGGACUCCCUCCUCUUUGCCAUGUUUGCGCGUCUUGACUGCUUUGAAGCGAUUUUAUACAAAUCCUUCAAUGACGAGCCCCGCAGAAAGCUGGCUAUCCUGUUGAGAUUCUGGGUGAAUCUUCUUCGAGCAGGAAAGUUGAUCACUACCGAUAUCACCCAGCACAUUCAGGAGGCCCUGGCAGAGUGUGGAUGGGAGGACGCAUCCAGAUUGCGACAGCAAGAUGCCUCCGAGGCAUUUACGUUCAUCACUGGGACGCUUGAGUUGCCUCUCCUUACCCUCAAGAUGGAUAUCUACCAUACGGGGAAGGAAGACGUCAGUGACGACCACAAGUUCGUCAACGAGAGACUUUUGGAAGUGGCCAUCCCGCCUGAGCCAACCGAUGGCUCUACUAUCACACUUGAAGAUUGCCUGGAGGCCUACUUCAAUAAUCGCAUUGAAGUCAAGCGACAUCUUGAAAGACGCAACACCUUGAGCUCCCGGCGAUCUAGUGAUUCGCUCUCCAUGUCUAAGGGAUUCACUGCACACGUCGAAGAGGUCGAGACAACUCCAACACAGUCUCCAGCGCAGUCCACCUCACCUAUACCCGAGAAGGCAAACCCUUGGCCAUCAAUCUCGGGUGCCGCCAACUCCUUGGGCUCACGAAAGCCCGGUCGGCGUGACAGUAUUGUCCGCGAGAGGUUCAUUCCGGAUACAAGUGAGGAGCAGACGGGUAGUGGGGAUUCGGAGCAACCCCGAAGAGGCAUCCUUAGGAAGGAAGUGAUGAUGCCUGCUUGGCAAUUCUUCAGCCUCAUCCCUUGGUUCACCGAAAACACCCCCACAAAUGACGCGCAAGUGGCAGCGCAUUUCUCAUCCCAAAGGCCCAUUCUCGGCGUGUGUCUGAAAAGAUAUUCGUUCACUCCGAAUGGAAAAGCCAUCCGCCUCAACACCUACAUUGACAUCCCGGUUGAGAUCGGUAUCCCCAAGUUCAUCCAAGAUGACAAUAUGGAUGUUUCUGGGGAUUUCAAGCUUGCCUUACAGGCUGUAGUCUGUCACAGGGGUACCUCGGUGGACUCAGGCCACUACAUUUCCCUGGUUCGAGGCACCAGCCCCAACGCCGCACCAACAAGCAGCUCCGCGGACGGUGCUAAACCACAAGGCACCGAAUCCCCUAAGCAGUGGAUGCGAUUUGACGACCUUGCUUCUGAGAGGAUCACCCUCAUCGAUAUUGAGACUGCACUGAGGACUGAGUCUCCUUAUCUCUUAUUCUACCAAAUUCUUCCGAUUGACCAGGAUGCGUCCCUGGCCAAUCUCUCGAACAAGCCGUCGUCACUUGCAUCCGAUACCACACUCGACGUGGAGAUGGGCGAUGUGUAUCGAAAGCUGUCAAGCCUAGCGGUGGACACGGAUGGUAGUACCACCGAAGAUGUCACUUCGGCUAGGCCUAGCUUCGAGAUCACUAGCCCGGACAACACCACUCAGCCACUUGUGAACACUGAGCGACGUCCGAGUGUGGUAUUCUCAGAUCCUCCCCUCACUGGGCCGCCUCGUUCAAUGCCGUCAAUGUCACCACGCUUGAUGGCAAUGGAAGAGGAGGGUACCAGGGGGUCGUUCAGUUUCUCUCGGCGCGGUUCUCGAGCCACCAAGAGCAAUUCUGGUAGUCGUGCAGGAAGCCAGUCCGGCGAAAACAGAAUUAGCUCAACCUUCUCUCGCUUCGCUGGUCGUCUGAGCAGAGACAAGAUCACAAGUGAUGGCGAAGGGGAGGUGGACGAGUCCGCCUUUGAGACUGACGAUGCCGCGGCCGACGACAUCAUCCUGGGACCAGCCAGGUUGGAAUCGAAGGAUAAAUCCGGCAAGGAUCGAGGGUCAAGGGGUAAAGCGAAGGGGAAGUCCAGGGAGAAAUCCAAGGACAAGAGUCGAAACCUGGAUCGGGAAUGUACCGUGAUGUAGUCAUACACGGGGACGAUGGCAGGCGAUAGAGGGAGGUGGGACGGGGCCUUGUUUUACACGUAGAAUAUAAGGACCCGUGAAAUCGCCGCCGAAAAUGACAGCCCCUGGUGCCAGAAACGGCGCCUUUCUACCCAUAACUUCCAGUUUCCUGUAAGAUCCCUAUGCUCGGGUAAGCAUUUCCAGAACUGAGGCAAUCUCUCGUAGGUCAGCUUGCUUGAACGCUGCUGCUGGUUCGUUAACGACAACCGUCAACUUUUCGGCUUCGCAAGCUGGACUGCUCUGUUAUGGCACUGUCGACAAUUAUUGUGAAAACAUUCAGAUUCGUGCUAUUCGGGGUGUCGCCGAUCUCGUCUACAAAUUUGUUAAACUGAAAGAUAUUUGGACGAUGAUCAGCUCGAAGGCCAGUCUCUAACAGUCUUU